GCGCUUGAGCUGAGUGACGAGGACCGGCGCUGGAUCGAGGCUGGAAGCACCGCAGAGGUGCGGGCAGUGAGGGCCAGGAAAGCCAUGCAGCGGCGGCAGGAGGAGGCGCAGAAAGCGGAGCACUUGUUAGGAGUGUUUGGGGUCGGGAGCGAAGAGUAG